GCAGCUAGUUACCAGAGUCCUUCCCCUUGGGACUCCUCCCCUGAGUCAAGAAGCUUGGUGCCGGCCACUUUCUGACUCAUACUGGGCUGAAAAUUAGCCUAGCAGACAUCCUGUUGACAAGUGGGAACCUGAAAGCCCAAUGCCUUGCUGUUAACAAAGGGGACACCCUGUUUGGGUUCCUCCCCCACAAGGAGGAGUAACAUUAGCCCAGGAGCUGCUCAGUUGCUUCUCCUGGAAGGAGAGAACAGAUCUGAGGUCCCAGCAGGCUGUUGGCUGUGGAGAGGAAAGAGCCUUGAUCAUAGCAGACUGGAAACUAUUGGAAGUAGGGAAAAUGACCUUGCAGCCACCUCUGCUGCCACACCCACCUGCUCUCCGGAGCCCCAGGACUUCCCAAUAUAUCUAUCAGCUUCCUUCUUGGGUGCUGGAGGACUUUUGCCACAAGAUGGACAGCCUGAAUGAAUGGGACUGGAUGCAAUUUGCCUCUUAUGUGAUGACCGACCAGACCCAGUUGAGGAAGAUCAAGUCCAUGGAGAGAAUCCAAGGUGUCAGCAUCACCAGGGAGCUGCUGUGGUGGUGGGGGAUGAGGCAGGCCACAGUGCAGCAGCUCCUGGACCUCCUGUACCGACUCCAGCUCUACCGAGCAGCCCAAGUCAUCCUGGACUGGGGUGCAAAUCCUGAAAUUGCUAGUGCUUCUGCUGUUCUUCCUGACCCUCUGCACCCUGGGAGGUCCUCUCUAUCUUCAGCAAGAAAACCAGAGGAAAUCCAAGAACGAGGUCUUACAAAAUCCACAGGAUUGAUUCCCUUCUCUAGCUCAGGGCCACAUCCAAGUGGAUUCACAAACCAAGCCCUACAUCUGCCUUUCAUUGAAGAGGACCUCCAUCAUUCCUUAAAAACAAAUUCUACUUCAUUAGAUAUAAAGCAAAAACCACUUGUGAGUCUGAAUGGUGAGAGCCUUUACUGGACAGAAAUGGAGGUGAUCAAGGCCACCGAUGGAUUUAGCCAAGAUAACAAAAUCAGCGAAGGGAAUUUUGCUGAUGUCUAUAAAGGGCAACGACACAACAUGCUGUAUGCCUUUAAGAAGCUUCAAAAGAUCAGGUGCCCAAGAGACAUAUCCAUUGAGAGUUUCUUCCACAUGGAAGUCCAGAUUUGUCUUAGGUGCUCCCAUCAAAACAUCUUACCCUUGCUUGGCUUCUGUACUGGGGAAGUGUUUCACAGUGUGAUACACCCUUACAUGCCCAAUGGCUCCGUCGAGGACAGACUCCGAUGUCAAGACAAUACUGAUCCCCUGACAUGGGAACAGCGGAUUAGCAUUUCCUUAGGGUUUCUUGGAGCUGUAGAAUACUUACAUGGUCUCAAGAUUAUACAUGGUAAUAUCAAAAGCUCCAAUGUUCUGUUGGAAAGAAACUUCACCCCGAAGCUUGGACACCCAAGGGUUAGAUUAUCCUCCGAUGAUAAAAAAUCCUCCUAUACCAUGAUGAACACCCAGCUUUUCCAGGCCAUGGCUGCCUAUGUCCCAGAAGAUUUCAUCAGAGUGGGGCAGCUCACAGAAAGGGUUGACAUCUUUAGCUGUGGAAUAGUGUUAGCAGAGAUUCUGACCGGUAUCCCAGCGAUGGAUAAAGAGAGAACUCCAGUUUAUCUGAAGGACCUACUCAUCAGUGAAAUCCCGAGCACUAAAGCCCUACCGUGCUCCAAGAACAAGGGUGUGGAGAAGCUAGCUGCAAAGGAGAUCUGCCAGAAAUACCAGGAUGCCAAAGCUGGGCACCUGCCAGAAAACUGUGCUGUAAACUUUGCCACAGCUAUCUACCUCUGCCUGCAGAAAAAAUCCCCCAACCUGACCCAGGUGUGUGCUACUAUGGCAGAGUUAGAUCGACAAAUCAGAAAUCCUCAGAAACUCCUCAACCCUGGCAGCAACUUGGAAUUGGAGAGGUCAUCAGUGAACACCCCAGAAGAAACUGAUGAUGUUGACAAUCUCAGCACAGAAGUCUCUUCUUCAGAUGAUCAUGACAAGAAUGGACUCUGGUCAGGAGCAGAGUCCUCAUCACCCCAGCCAGGGCAUAGGGAAGGAAGGUGUCUGACCAGUGAGGUAGAGGCUGACUCUUCAACGUGUUCUGGUCCUUCACAUCCUCAAGAUGCCACAGAAGAUUCUUGGGAAGUUGAAGUCAAUGAUGCCAAGAAGAAAUUGAUGGAAAAUAUUUUGCUCUAUGAAGAAGAAAAAUUAAACAGUGAGGAGCUAUUUGGAUCUUUUAAGCCAUAAAUUAGGUGGAGGAAAUACCUAAUUAACAUGGGAGAAAUGAAGUCAAAACAAGAAACAAGAUGGAAAUUUAUCAGUUUUUUUGUGGAUAAAGACUUUCAAGUCAUAAGAGUGGGUGAGAGGAUUUUUUUGUGGAUGAGAUAAAGCCUCCACUUUUGUAGACAUAAACCUCUACCUGAUCUAUUAGCCUUCCACAGUCUGAAGUUUGAGCUUUGAGCUUCUGACCUGAGAUAAAGGAAACAAUGCUGGAAGGAGCCUAGAAGGGAGAAGAAAGCUAUGAAACACAUUAUCAAGCCUUUGGAAUAGUUCUCUGUAUCAAAGAACACUGUCCAGUUCAGUCUGAGUUUGACUAUCACUAACUAAUAUGCUUCUUGGUGAGUCAGAGGUCCAAAGUUUAUUUUGGAAGCCUCAAAAAUAGCCUUGAACUUGAUCUAGAGAAUUCCUAGAGCACCUGAGCAGAAUAACUGACUGAGCAUUCCCCUGAUUUUGGAACAUUCAGGACUCUUUCAUUCAAGCUGGGCAAAGCUGAUCAUGCUGCCUUUUAAGUUUGUGUUAGAAUUCAUCCACUGUUCCUGGCCCUCAUCAGCAAGGUACCUGAUCCCAUGUUACAAGGGAGGUCUGAUUACAUUGGAGGUGUGAACACUUUGGGCAGGGGUGGUGGAGAGGGGCUGAAGGGAGGUGUGAACACUUUGGAGCUCCAUCUAUUAUGUGGGAAGUGUGGACACUUCAGGGCCCCCCCACCAUAUUACAUGGGAGGUAUAAACAGUUUAGAGCCCAGUCUCCUUUGCUGAAAAUGAAUCAAAUAUUUAUUAUUUGCUAUUAGCUUUGACCUGUGUAAUGUAUUUAUUCCUUUACCUCUGGCCCCAAGUCACAUCACUGAUGCAAUGGAGGGAAAAUGUAUUUUCCCUUCUUUUUCUAAGCUACACAAGCUAAUAAAGAAUUUUAUUUUGAGAAUAAUAUAUUGUUCAUAUUUAGAGUCAGAGGCUCUGGGUUUGAGGGCUAGCUCUUAUUACCUGUGGACCUUAAAGACUUCACUGACCCCACCCUGGGUCUCAUUUUCCUCAUUUGAAAAAUGAAGAAGUGAGAGUUGCUAAUCUCUAAGGUCUUUUCCAAAUCUGGCAUUCUAGAAUUCUAAUUUAUUGCCUUUUGCAACAUUUUGAUAUACCGUACUCUGAGAGGCAUUGGGGUGUGGUAGAGAGGGCUAAACUUGAAGUCAGGAAGAUCUUGUCUCAUUCAAGUCAGGCCCUGAUAUAGAUGAGCUGUUGACCACAGGGAAGUCAUUUAACUUCUCAGCAUCCAAAAUACCUCUCUAAGACAGUGGUCUUCAAGUUGUUUUCAUUACAAACCUCUGUCAGCAAAAAUUUUUAAGGUCCCAGUAUAUAUGUAUUUAUUUAUAAUUUGUAUACAUGUAUAACUUAUUAUAUUAUAUGGAGUAUAAAACAUAAUACAUACAUUAAACAGAAAGAGAGGUUAUACAUGAAACUGUGAAUCUCUAUUAUAUAGAGCUUGCUUUUCCUUCUAAGUCUAUAAUAAAUGCAACCUGUAGCUUUCAAA